AUGAAUGCCGAUGAUUUUCUAAUGGAUUUUCUGUCGGAUCAAAUGGCAGCCUCUACCUUGAUGGAAGAUGCCACUCCGACAGCCUUGUAUGAAUUUAGUGAGAAUGAAUUUUCUGAUGAUGAAAAGGAUGAAGAACAACGGAUGAUGGUUGAGAAAAUGGGAAGGAGAGAUGAUGAUCAUCCUCACAGAUCAAAGAAGAAUCUCAUCAAGGGUUCAAACGUUCAUGAACGACCUGUUGAGAAGAGUAGUAAAAAUUCCGAAAAAGGAAAUGCUGAUGAAGAAGAUGGAAUUACUUUAAUGAUGAUGAUGACACAAAAAUCAUCCACAGUUGACAUGUCACACGCUACUAUUGGUAGUAGUAGUAGUAGCAGCUCAUCAUUGUCUCAACAACAGUUAAUUUCUUUGAAUCCUUGUGCUGCCAAUGUACAAAUUGCACUUUCUCAAUCACCUUCCUCACAACCAUCCGCAGUGACAACUGGCAGUAUUGUCACAAAUGAUGGAAAAUCAUCUCCUCCUUCGUCCUCCUCUUCAAUUGUAUCGCCAACCAUGUUAGAACAAUCCAUUCAAGAUGGAUUAAAAAGUGUAUAUCGAGGUUACAGAAAUGGUAUUGUGACAGGAGUUAGAAUAAGAAUACCAUAUAUUUUACAAUCUUUAAUUUAUGCAACAAUUUUCCAGACACCUACAGAAUUUAGAAAAGUGAGAUUUGUCAUCAAACAAAUGUUUCAUCAUGGCAAAAAUCUAGGAUCAUUUGUAGGAAUUUACAAAUUAAUUACAUAUAUUUGUCGAAAUCAGUUACAUAUACGGAAUGGUAUUGAUUCUUGGAUUGCUGGAUUUAUUGGAGGUUAUGUGGCGUUUGGUGAAAGUAAGGGAAUUUCAGGAGCUGUCAACAACCAAAUAGUCCUCUAUUUAUUUGCAAGAGGUAUCGAUGGAGGAUUACGAGCUCUUGCCACUAAUGGCUACAUUCCCGAAUGGAUGGAUAUUACGACACCCGUUGGAUUUCGAUUAUUUGCUGGAUUUUCACUCGCUCUCAUUCUCUAUCUCACGGACUAUCAACCAAGUUCUCUCAGAUCAGGAUUUAUGACUACCAUGGAACAUUUGUAUCAUGAAAGUAAUAAGGGAACACUUCGAACGGAAGUUAAUUUUGCUCCUUUUGUGACUGUUGUGACAUUGUGUCUGUUAUUAGGAUAUUGGUUCCCUCAAUUGAGAUUGGACAAUGUUCUUCAAGUGGUGGAUGAUUCAAUCACGUGGAAUAAUGUAAAAAAGUUUUUUUCUGGAAGUUCCUCCUCUCCAACAACAAACAAGUGA